AUGUACGCUGAUCUCGUGGAGAAUGGAGGGCGGAGGUCCUUGAAGGAGCGCCUUAAUGGGAAUGGUACUAGUGGUCUUACUCGGCUGCAAUCCAAGUCAUGCAGAGAUGAAAGGCUCCAGAUUGAAAGCAACGGUGGAGGCAAGGUGGUCCCAACAAGCAUGCAAGAUCUGAGGUGUCAGAGUGCUAAAAAUGCUUCUUUUGGUCGUGCACACCAGAUAGGUAGCACUGGUAAGGAGGUGAAGGUGAAGAGAGGGGAAAAGGACAGCUGUUAA